GGGGAAGAAGGGGGGAGAAAGGGCUCGGGGCUGUAGGGGGCGUGGGGCCGGGGCGCGUGCCCCCCCCGGCGUUACUCACCGUGCAAAGGUCGCGGCCGCGCUGCGGAAGUGGCCCCGGUCCCCACGGAUCCGGCUGCGCGCAGAGCCCCCCAGGGACGGGCUCUGGGGGUCCCCACCCCAUUGCAGGCGCCACUGGGGCCGAGAUGGAGCGCAGCGCCUGAGCGCGGCGGGGACGAGCCAUGGAGACGGUUGUCAUCGUGGCCAUCGGGGUUUUGGCCACCAUCUUCCUGGCGUCCUUCGUGGCGCUGGUGGUGGUGUGCAGACAGCGCUACUGCCGCCCCAAAGACCUCCUGCACCCCUAUGACACCAAACCCAUCGUGGACCUCAUCGGGGCCAUGGAGACGCAGUCGGAGCCCUCAGAGCUGGAGCUGGACGACGUGGUCAUCACCAACCCCCACAUCGAGGCCAUCCUGGAGAACGAGGACUGGAUCGAGGACGCCUCGGGCCUGGUGUCACACUGCAUCGCCAUCCUGAAGAUCUGCCACACGCUGACGGAGAAGCUGGUGGCCAUGACCAUGGGCUCGGGCGCCCGCGUCAAGUCCCCCUCCAGCCUCGGUGACAUCAUCGUGGUGGCCAAACGCAUCAGCCCCAGGGUGGACGACGUGGUCAGGUCCAUGUACCCCCCGCUGGACCCCAAACUGCUGGACGCCAGGGCCGCGGCGCUGCUGCUGUCCGUCAGCCACCUGGUGCUGGUGGCACGGAGCGCGUGUCCCCAACCCGGGGACCGGGACUGGGUGGACCGCUCGCUGGCGGCCGCCGAGCAGCACCUGGCCGCGCUGCGCCACGCCGCCAUGGCCACCGAGCCCGAGCGGCCGGCGGGCACCGAGCCCUUCCGGCAGGAGCAGUCGGCCAUCUGAGCACGGCGGCACCGGGGACACCGGGAAGGCCACCAGCGGGGCCACCAACUGUGGAACACGCGGUGCCAGCGGCGCUGCCACCGAUGCCACCGCCAGUGUCACCACCGGCGCCAGCUGGAUGCCACCACCAGUGCCACUGAUAGCACCGCCAGUGCCACCGGCCGUGCCACCACUGAUGCCUUCCCAAGUGCCACCACCAGUGCCACUGGCGCCUCCUGCAGUGUCACCACUGGUGCCACCAAUCCAGAAGGAGCCGUCGUCCACCUGAGCCCUGGGACACCAGUGCCAAUAAAGCCCCGUGACACGGCU